GAAGAGCGAUGCAGCAAUUACUUCCUAUGGUUUUCGUUUUAAUAUUGAUUGGAAGUAUUGAUGUCAAGUGUCAAGAUCCUAACGACAAAUGGUGGAAUAUUCUGAUGACACAAGGGUUAGCUUGUAGAAAUGACACUUGCAGAAGAAAUGAUGCGACAUGCGAAUGCUAUCUAACAAUAGAACACAGGUUAACCAUGAUGAACGAAAAAGACAGGAUCUUACUUGUGCCUUCCAGAGGAAGAUUUCGGCCAUUCAACGACUUAAAUAAUGAGUAUAGCGAGGACGAAGAGAAGGAAUUUAUCGCUGGAGACGGAUACGGAUCUCGUAUGGUAAUAGCUGUCAAUCGCCGGUUUCCGGGUCCUCAAAUUACAGCAUACGAGAAUCAAAAUAUAAUUGUACACAUGCGAAAUUUAAUGCACACCGAUAGUACAACAGUUCACUUUCAUGGUUUACACCAAAAACGAACCCCUUGGUCGGAUGGUGUCGCUUUUGUUACACAAUGUCCAAUCCUUCCCGGACAAAUUUACACAUAUUCAUUUUAUGCUAAGCCAUUUGGAACAAGUUUUUACCAUGCACAUAUUGGAGAUCAGCGAAGUGCAGGACUUUAUGGACCACUUGUUAUCAUACCAUUAUCAUCGAUAAAUAUAUCAACACCACAGGAUGAUAAUAAUGGCAAAGUAUACACAGUUGCUAUUCAGGACUGGAAUCACUUUGAUGACCCGGAAACAUUGUACCAACGGAUGCUUUUUGGUACAUUUGACCUUCAAGAAAAUAAACAAAUUGAUACCACAUCUGAUAUAUCUGGAGCUAAAUUUAGUCGUUUUCACUGUCAUUCUGGCAUAAUAAAUGGAAAAGGUAGGUUUUACAAUACAUUGACGACACACAACCAAGCGCCUCUGACAAAGUACGAUGUCCAACCGAAUACAGAUUAUCGGUUCAGAGUCAUAGGUGCAGCCACUUUGUAUCCUUUUCGUGUCUAUAUUCAAGGUCAUAAAUCAAUUCGUAUAGUUGCCUCUGAUGGAUUUGAAAUCGAACCGAUUGAAGUGGAAUCCUUGAUUAUACACCCAGGAGAAAGAAUUGAUUUUAUUUUGAGAACGGACCAGGCUUCAAGUAAUUAUUUGUUAGUGGCGGAAACUUUAGAAGUAGAACCAGUCUCUUUGAAUCAGUAUCACGCAGCCGAAGCCAUUAUACAUUAUACUGACGCACAGCCAAAUCUGAAUCCACCUAAGGGAUCACCAAAUAGUUGCUCACAGCAAAAUAAAUGUAAGAUCUUUAAUUGCCCAUACAUAUAUUAUCCACAAAAUCAAAACAGAAUAUGCCUGACCUGGAAUGAUGCCAAAACAAUAGAUCCAAAUUCAAAUAUUGACGAAGUUAAAGGAGUGGCAAUAGAACGAUUUUAUAAUUUUGCUUUUCCGGGGGAGAAUGGUUAUACACCAGGGUCAGUAAAUGGGCAUCAAUUCCUACCCCCAACUGUAGCAGCAUACGCCGAAUGGGAUAAGGUUGAGCAAAACUGUGGUGAAUGUAGCGAAUCAAGUAUCUGUGAAUGUACAUACUACGACAAAAUAGAUAGAGGUAAUAAUAAUCAAGUCUAUCAAUUUGUUAUGACAAACAUUGGUAAUGGAGACGGAUGGUCACAUCCUAUUCAUUUACAUGGUCAUUCUUUUUACGUCAUGAAAAUGGGUUUUGCCUCUUACGAACCAUCUACUGGUAAAUUAAUACCAAAUAUGGGGCAGGAUCAACAAGAUAUCAUAUGUAACGAUGGAAAAAAUUUCUGUUACAAAGCACAGUGGCGAAAUUCGUCAUGGUCAAAUGGAAAUCAUCCUACUCUAAAUUGGGACAAUCCACCACAAAAAGAUACAAUAAUUGUCCCGACAGGCGCAUAUGUCGUCGUCCGAUUUAAGGCAGAUAAUCCAGGUCUCUGGUUUUUCCACUGUCACAUAGACGUUCACAACACCAAUGGUAUGGGAAUGAUGAUCAACGAAUCUCCUGGGUAUCAUCAAAAAGUACCAGAUGACUUCCCGCGGUGCAAGAGUUAUAUCGUAAAUAACGGUGAUGUUUCAGGAUGUGAUACUGUUACAUCAACAUUCGCCUUUACACUGUCCUUGGUGAUAGCUGUGUCUUUUAUCUCUGACAUUGUAUAGUUUUGCAUAUAAACUUAUUUAGAUGUGAAAAGGUUAGUUACACAAAGAUAAUUUAGGAAAGAUAUACCUAACUCACCGAAUUAUUGAAAUUUAUGUUGAUAAGAUUGAUUGUGUUACUAUAACAUUAUACAAAGAGACUAUGCAUAAAGUGUAACAAUUUAAAAGGGUAUUCUCCAUGCAUUUCAUAUAGAUCUGCACGCAUAUUGCAUGCAUUAGGAGUUCCAAAUAUAAAUAUGCAAAGCCUAAACUACAAGUAUAUCUAAGAAAUGGGGUAAAUUCAAACAAAGAUCAUCAUUGUAAUAUCGUUGAUAUGCACACAAGAGCAAGCUGUUUCGCUUGUUUGUUGUACUGUUCAACGUGUUUGAAAAUAAUUUUAUUUUAAUGAUCAGACAAUGUUAUAUAUGUUUUCCACUGUUUAUAUUUGUAUAUAAUUUUAUAACUAUUACUUGUCAAAGAUGCUUUUUGUAUUUAUCUAUAUGCAAUGCUUGAAAUUAUUUGAAGACUGCGCCAACUAGGUAAAACAUGUACUAAUAUUAUAUAUCAAACGUAUCAAUACGCACUUUCUUAUUGUUAAUUCUGUAGAUAAUAUUUACGAUUUGCUUAUUUUUGGUAGUUUUCAAAGUCUCUCCUAGAGAUUUAAAUUUUUUUGAUAUUAAAAUGUACUUACGCCGUCGGAAUUCAAAGAUGGACUUUAUGUAUAAAAAUGCAUGAUGUUAAUAGUGUUAACUAGUGCAUUGCACUUCCUUAUAAGUUGUUUUACAAUAAUUAUGAUUUUCCUUAGUGAUAGUUCACUGUAUAAGCCAUUUUGUUUUUCUUGAAAUCACUCUGUGCAAUGAGUUCAAUACAUCAAAUAUGUAACUUCUUUCAGUUCCAGAUUUCGUAAACGUGAAACAGUAACUACAUCAUAGUAAAGCUCUUUUUUCUUUCUUUUUUUUGUGGCAUACUUAUUAAUGUAAUGGUUACACCAAUACGCACGAGCUAAGAGUUAUCUUUAAACCACAUAUUAUUUAGGCGCAUCUAUGUUCCAGGAACUUACAUUGCAGAUUAAUUCAUUAGAUCAACAUCUGCCUCCUUUCUCUAUUCAAUGAUAAAUCUGGAGUUGUGUGUCAAAUGAUAAAUGUUCAUUGCAAUAUAUAACUGUUUGGAAGGCCUAUAUGGACAUCUAUCACAAUUUCUGACCCUAUCUAAUACAUCUUCAUAUUUCAGUGCCAUUACAAAUCUCGAUCGUGCUACUAUUUAGGAGAUAGCUGUAUUGUAUAUUUGAAGCUUUGCGGACGUUCAUCGGUAGUUUUACUGUCGCAAAUUGAGUUUACCUGACGACGCAAAGCAGAGACAGGUAAACGGAUAGUUGCGACAGUACAGUCUUUUUUUCAAAAACAGUUUGAAAAUUGUCAGAUAUUUUUAUUCUUCUUUAACAAAUGCAAAUAAUCACCUCUCUCUGAAUUUCGUUUAAAACAGGUUUUCUUAAUGAUAGCCAAGCCGUUCCUCCUUUCGCUUAACACAGGUUUUCUUAAUGAUAACCAAGCCGUUCCUCCAAACGAGUUACAACAAAUUACAUUUUAUGACUUUUAAGAAAGUUAAAGAAAAUCUGUGUAAAAGUUGACAUAGUUGAUAUAUUGCAUUUGCUAUACCAAUCAGGUCCUCUUUUCACGAUUAUGACAAAGCAUAUAACAUCAUUUAUUCUCAGGCUUUUCAUGAGGAACACUUUGGGUGCGUCUAAUGGAGGUAACACUUUUCGGAGCAACUGCAAUUACCAUGUAUGUGGCGGGAUUUCAGCUGAUCAAUCUCUAGUUUUCUUUGUAGAAACCUACGAAUGACUGGGGCAUAUAUAUAUACAUGUAUCAUCAUCAAUGGACUUGUCCUGUGCGCCAGUAAAACCAAUCAUCAAGAGGGGUGUACCUUUAGCUGAGUGGAAUGUAUAAAUACACAGUCACGUUUGAUCAGAAUCGUUGGAUCGGUGGUCUCGUCUAGAAGACGAUUACUUAGAAAUAAGAAGAUGUGGUAUGAGUGCCAAUGAGACAACUCUCCAUCCAAAUCACAAUGUGUAAAUAAGAAGAUGUGGUAUGAGUGCCAAUGAGACAACUCUCCAUCCAAGUCACAAUGUGUAAAUAAGAAGAUGUGGUAUGAGUGCCAAUGAGACAACUCUCCAUCCAAGUCACAAUGUGUAAAUAAGAAGAUGUGGUAUGAGUGCCAAUGAGACAACUCUCCAUCCAAGUCACAAUGUGUAAAUAAGAAGAUGUGGUAUGAGUGCCAAUGAGACAACUCUCCAUCCAAGUCACAAUGUGUAAAUAAGAAGAUGUGGUAUGAGUGCCAAUGAGACAACUCUCCAUCCAAGUCACAAUGUGUAAAAUAAGAAUAAGAAUAUGAAUAAGAACCUUGUAGUAACUCUAUGAUGAUCAUUAGUAGAUCUGUUUCAAGGCACAAUUUCUGACCCUAUCUAAUACAUCUUCAUAUUUCAGUUCCAUUACCAAUCUCGAUCGUACUACUAUUUAGGAGAUAACUGUAUUGUAUAUUUGAAGCUUUGCGGACGUUCAUCGGUAGUUUUACUGUCGCAAAUUGAGUUUACCUGGAGACGCAAAGCAGAGACAGGUAAACGGAUAGUUGCGACAGUAAAUCUACCAAUGGACGUCCGCAAAGCCUCAAAUACAAUACAAUACAGUUAUCUAUAGUCUAAUGCAAAUAAAAAAAUCAUUAAAUUUUAGUCACCAUUUCGGUAAAAAAUUUUCAUUAAAGAAAAAUUCAGCAAAAUGUUGUUUACUUAUCUUCUCUGGCACCCAAACUAGGUGAAGUCAUGUGUAUGCUUCUGGUGUCAAACACCUGGCGUUUUUUUUUUAUUCUUGUCAGUGACAAAAUGUAAUAAAAUUAUAUAAAAAUUAAGAUUUCUAGGUGCAAAAUU